UGAUUCGUUGACGAAUCGGACAGCACAGCAUUACCGCUGAACACAACUUGAAAGUACUUUAGUUAGAAAAUCGGCGUCGUAACUAAUUUGUCUGUCAAAUAUAUAUAUUUUUUUCAUGACUUAAACCACACAAAUGGGAUUUAUUUCGCCAAGCUUUGUACAGAGGACGUAAUAAGAUCAUGCACUUUAAAACGCAUGGUUUGAAAGCCCGUCCUUUGGAUUGUUUAUGUAGAGGUUUUACCUGUAAGAGUUGAGUGUGCAAGAGUGGCAUGUGUUUGGAGACAUGCCUCAAGCCUCAAGGACCAAGAAACCCGACGUGAAAGUCGUCAUUCUGGGGGACAUGAACGUAGGAAAGACUUCUCUCCUCCACAGAUACACGGAGAGGAAAUUUAAGGACACUAUAAGCACCGUCGGAGGGGCGUUCUUCCUCAAACAGUGGGGACCCUACAACAUAUCCAUAUGGGACACUGCAGGUCGAGAACAGUUCCAUGGCCUGGGCUCCAUGUACUGCCGUGGCGCGGCUGCAGUCAUUCUCACCUAUGACGUUACCAAUUGGCAGAGCCUGGCAGAGCUGGAGAACCGCUUCCUGUCCCUGACCGACACCUCCAACACUGACUGCAUAUUCGCCAUAGUGGGUAAUAAAGCAGACCUUACGGAUGCUCUAGCUCAAGGGACAGACACAGAGAGCGAGCGAGGGGACAAAGCACAGCCCGAGGUCACGUGUCCGACUCCUCCCGGCACUGCGCUCCAGCACAAACAGGUGAGCAAAGAGGACGCCGUCGCUCUUUACAACCGUGUGCUGCGCUACAGAGGCCUGGAGGAGAAGGCCUGUCUGCCUGCCGAGACCGUGUGCUUUGAGACAAGUGCUAAAACGGGUUACAAUGUCGACGUUUUGUUUGAAACCCUCUUCGAUCUGGUUCUGCCCUCCAUUCUGAAGAAACGGAGCGAAGGAGAGAGUUCCACUGUGGACCUGGAGACGCCAAUGGAGGUGAAAAUGACUAAAGCAGGAUGUUGUGCCUAGAGCCAGGCAAACAUAGGAGGCGUGAGGAUUGUGUUGUCAAUCAGUGCCAAAGAAGGAAUGGAUAUAAAUCAUAUCACCACUAACUUAAACUAGAGUUUAUUUGAACUAAGUGCUGAUUUUUUUAUUUUACUCCAGAACAGUAUAAAAACAAAGUUUCUUGGGGGGAGGAAUUAAAAGAUAGAAUAACUUGAUCUUGCUGAAUAGUCUUUUGUGAAAUAGUUUUUACUUUCUUUUUUGAUAUUAUAUCUGCAUUAUAUUUUGUAAAAAUGAACAUUUUCUGAUACUGCCUGACUAAUUCUAAUAUGAGACAAAUAAAAAUUCUUAAAUAUUGGAAUUAAUGGGUUAAUGUGUGUGGUUAGUGUGAGAAAGCUUCACGAAGUACACUGUCAUUCAAAAUGCCUGUUAAUAUGCUGAUUUGCUGCUCUAGAAACAUUAUAAUCAAUGUACAAUCAACAGUUGUGCUGCUUAAUAUUGUUGUAGAAACCAUGAUGCAUGUCUUUUGAAUUCUUUGACAAAUAGAUAGUUCAAAAGAACAGCAUAUGUUUGAAAUAGACAGAAAGUGGUCUUCAAUUACUUUUAUUUUAAUUAACUGAUGUGGGUCCUAUAUAAGGUGCUUUAUAAAUGAAUGAAUAAAUACACUUCACACUUUCUAAUAGGUAGAUCUUGUUUAGAGAUCAUUAAAAUGAGAGAUGACACAAAUGUAACAAACAAAAUGCAUUUAUUGUUUUAUUCAAUAACACUAUGAUUCAAAAUCAAUGUCUUCAAAUAUUCCACAUAAUUACAUUGAAAGUACAAAAAAAGAAAAAAAAAAAGCAGUGACAUUCUCAAUGCAAAUAUUUUGAAUUAUAAUCUUAAUUGGUUCUCUUUACUGGAAUCACAUAUAUUUUAGUGGUUUAUGGGCUUAGGGGCAAUACUACUUGUGCAAUGUGCACUGAAAAUGGGCAAAACUGCUCAAAGUCCAAACCUUUUAGGUGACCCACAUUAGCCAUUGUUUACAGACUCAAUGCAGAAUAUAGCCUGUUUGUGCAUGUAUGUGGAAGUGGGACAACGAUUGAACUACAGUCUCCUAAUGACCUGAACACGUGUCAUGUAAACCUCAGUGAAAUCAGUGCAAUUGGUGUAACCAACAGAGGGUUCAGACAAACAAACCAGAAUGAGCCUCGUGACUGGACAAAAUUCUAGUAAAAAGUUUCAAUUCUCAAAGUUUAUGACCUUUUUAUGAAAUAAAAUACCCAAUGAAUAGUGUGACAACAUUAGAUGAUAAAAAAACACAUCCAAGAGUGAUGAUUCAAAGCUGUUCAUUACAUAAAUAAACAAAGCAAAAAUAAUAUACAGGCAUCAGAAGAUGAUGUUAGUGUAAGUUUGGUAAAAUUUAUAUUUAUAGAGUGGUUAAAAAUAGCAGAUAGCACUGUGUUUAAGCGGCCUUGUGGUUAAGCAUUGUGUCGUUGAGCCUUAAUGAUCAUGUGUUAUUAAAUUAUUCUGGUUCAGAUUCUGAACCGAUAUCUAGACCUUUUCAGAUUCCAACAGAACAAAA